AUGAACAUGUCAAAAUUGAGCUAACCUAACAUUUCCAAAAAUUAUUUUUUAUAGUUAUUCAGAAAUUAUUUGUACGAAAUGACUCUUUAUCAUUUUGGAAAUUGUGUCGCUUUAAUUUACGUACCAUAUUAUUUAACGUACAAACAAUCAGGAUUAUCUGAAUACGGAGCAUUUUGGAAAUGUAUUCAAGCGGGGCUGAUUUAUAUGUUUACACAGCUGGCAAAAAUGCUAGUAUUAGCAACAUUUUUCCCAGACAACGUCUCGGAUUUUGGCAGCGAUUUAAUAGGUGAAUUUUUAAAAUCAACAGUUGACUUAGCCGAUCUAGUAGGCUUAUAUUUGGUACUGUCUGGUAUUCCGGGUAAAGGACACAGUAAAGUUCUCACUGCUGGAAUAGGAUGGGCUACUGCAGAGGUCAUUCUCUCCCGAGCAUUAUUAUUAUGGGUCGGUGCGAGAGGUGCCGAGUUUGAUUGGAUCUACAUCCAGAAAUGCCUUGAAUCGAAUAUCUUGUUAGUGCAACACAUCGUUACAGCCACAUUAGUCUGGCUAUGGUCACGUCAUGAUUUAAAGAAAAAUCUGAAGACUAUCGUCACCGUUUUGUUAGUAUUUACGUCUUACAAGUCUCUGUUAUUGGACUUGUUAAUUGCAAGUGUUAGUGCAGGGCCCUGGCUUGGUUUGUUUAUUAAGGCAAUCGUAACAAUGUUUUACGGAUGUGUUACUCUCGCUGUAUAUGCAGGACUUGCGCAAGUUAUUGGAAUUUUUUAGGUGUUUCGUUAGCAGUGCUUUGUGUUAUGAAAAGAAAAAUCUGUGAUUUUCAGUUUCACUUACUCUUGGCAAUGAUGAAAGUCGUCUGGAUGUAAUUUGUAUCUUAUAAGUAUUUGUAGCGAUGAUUUCUUGAAUAAUAUAUGAUCUUCAUGUUCAUUUUCAUCA